CUCCGCCUGCCUGUCGUUGCUUGGCGCUGGCGGGCGUGGCCUGUUUGUCCUUGCGACCAUCGUCAACAACAACCGGCCCCUCUAGCUCCGCCUCCAGCCUGGUUUUCCACGUGAGCUUCGCCGUGCUGCGGCUGGCGUUGCUAUGGCUGGUGACCUCUGCGUUGUUAAGGAACUAUCGUCGGGCGCGGGCGGAGUUGUACCGCCCGGUGGUGGACCUACAGGACUAUGAGAUGGUGGAGCUGUUUCUACGACGACUGAAGAUGUGGAUGGGCCUCAGCCGCACCAAGGAGUUUCGUCACAAGGUGCGUUUUGAGGGCAUGGAGCCCCCCCCCUCUCGCUCCUCCUCCACCAGUGACUGUCAGUCCCUGUGCCUGCCCCCUCUGGACGGCUCCGAGUCGCCCCUGGCAGCCUGGACGGGACCUCUGAGGCCUCCUGGAGACCCACCUCUUCCAGCCCCUGUAGCCUGA